AUGUCUAACCAGGAUCUCGCUGAUAUUCAUGCUGCUACGUUAACAAUCAAUUCAGGAACCAAUGUAAACCAAGAUGCUUGGAUGGCGACUUGGUGUAACACCAACUGGGGCACGCUUCUCCAACCUGCGCCGCUUUCCGUUGCACUGCUUGGUUCAAUUCUGAUCAUGGCUAGUAGCACACAAGACUUUAGUCUUAUUGUCGCGAAACCUCAAGGUGCCCCAGACUUCAAAUGGCAGUACGCUGAACAUCCAGACUCGUUCAAAGCGUGUCUCAUGCAGAUGGUUGGGAACGGCUACACUGCAUUCGAGACAGCGCAUAAGGACAUGCAGACUAUCCAAGCAUUAUCUGGUCAAAUGCCUGAUGUAAUUCAGAACCUCGUGCAGUUACUGAUCUCUGGAAAGCCCGAUGAAGUACAGGCUUUGUUUCCGAAUGGGCUCAAUGACCUGAAGGGUUUGGCCACCGGCUGCAAGACUGCCGCCGAAGAGUGCGAGGCUGGGUUCAAUGAUAUGGCUAAUCUUGCUCAGGAAAUGGUACUUGCAUGCACCUAUAAAGCUGGAACUUCAGAGCAAGUUCUCGCCCAAAACGAGAUAAAUCUGCAAGUAUUGCAAGUUGACAAGGCAAAUUCUGAGAAGAUGCUCGCCAGUACGCAAGACAGCCUCAGUACUGCUAAGAAAUCUUUCCUCGAUGCCCAGGACCAGUUCCAGUCGGCAAUUAAUUCUAUGCCCUCUGGGAUGGAACUCCUUGGCAUGAGUGUCGUCGAAUCGCUCACCAACGUCGCUGUGAGCGCGGCCAACGCGUUCAUCAACCAAGCAACGAUGCGAUCUCAGCUUGUCAUGACUGGCGUGGAUGCCUUCACGAGCAAGAUUUCGCCAGACGGGACCGUCACUCCCGCUCAGGGUGCGACUGUCCCCACUCAGCAACCCGCACAACGGUCAAAUGAUCCUUCCCCGGUGCCAAGUCUCAGCGGUAUCAACGAUCCUGCAAACGGGCAGGUCGACCUGGUCCUCUCAUACGCCAAUGGAAUCAAGGCAUUGCUUGUGGGGAAAGACGGGAAGCCAGACUGGGACCUGAUCAUCACGACCGACACAAGCAAGACGACUGGCGCAUCAUACAUUAUAGACGAACUGGAAGUUGUCGAGACCAAGCUCCAGCAGGGCCAGGCAAUGUCCGACGCGCUAGGCCAAUCUAUUACCAGCCUGAUUUCGGUUCUCAAUCAGCUUGUCAAGUCUGGGAGUGCGGGCGACGACGACGACAAGCUCGCUGCUUCCCUCGGGGAGACAGUGGACUCGGAGAUUACAAACUUGCAGACACUUAGCCAAAAGGCGAAACUUGUCACACAAGCUCCGCCCUCUAUUGCCACCGGCUUUGCGCCCCCCCCACCGGCUCAGCCGUCCUCGGGUCAGACGGCCCAGCUCGCAGUACAGGAUGCAAAGUUCAAGAUCGACUCGACGAAGGAAGUGCUUCAGGCGGCACGUCAAUCGUACGAUGAUAUCAAUAAGCAGAUGACUGAACAACAAAAAGAAAUCUCUACGACCGUGCAACAGAUCACCAGUCUGAGCCUUCAAGAUACCCAACUAUCCCAAAUGAUACCUGUUCUCAAGAAGGCCGUCGGUUCCUUCAAUACCCUCCGCGCACAAAUAUCACAGUUGAGUAUUGCCUCGCUUAUCGACGACAUCAUGGCGCCGUCGGUGGACCGUCUCGUGCAGACAAUGCAAUCUGCAGAAACCAUGAUACUCGCCGGAACCUCGCUCCAGGAUUUCACGCGUAAUCUUAUCUACAACCAAACGAUGAUGCCGCUCAAAGUUGCCCUUCUUUCCACUAAAGUGUCUUCUGUUUAUGUUGAGAUAUCCAACGAUUACAUCAUGCCCGCCCAGCGAAGUGUCGGGAAUAUGCUUCAGUUUGCGCAGGGCUCCGACCCGUCCACACUCGCUCCCAAGCUCGAGCAAGAGCAGAAGAAGCUCCAGGCCUCGGCUGAUACAGCGAGCCAGCAGAUUCUGGCCACGGUCGCCAAGGACCAAGCUGAUUUUGCCAGCGCUAUCACGACGCGGUUGAAUGGUAUUGAGACGGCGAUCAGUGCUAUCGUACCACUUCAGGCACCCCCAUCGCAGGCGCUGACGUCGGUCUCGACGUCCUAUGUCGAGGAGAUCGUUGAGCAGAAGAAGCAGGAGGCGACUGCAAACCCGAUGAAUGCGACGCCCCAGGACCUCGGUCUGAUGUGA